AUGCAGAGCACAGAUGCCGGGGAGCGCUCCCCCCUCAUACUCAAACAGUCCUCGUUUGGAGACGACGUGGACUCGAGCUGCAGGUCUUCGUCCAACCUCCCGGCUCUCCUCCGCAUCCCUCGCUUAAUCUGGGACUUCACCGAGAGCAACUUCUUCACCUUUGUCGUGCCCAACACGGCCUUUGGCCUUCUGGGCGGGCUCACGGGGCUGCCACUGACCUCGGGUCACGCAACGGCCCUCUCGGUCCUGCAACGCCUUCCUCUGAUCGUCGCCUUCAACUGGUACAGCGUCCUCAUCUUCGACCUGGCCAACCAGCGCGGCCCCGAGUCUGUGGCCGAAGACUACGCGAACAAGCCCUGGCGCCCGAUCCCCGCGGGCAAAGUCACACCCGAGCAGACACGCAAGGCCAUGCUGGUGGCCAUCCCCGCGGUACUCGCGAUGAACUACGCCCUGAACGUCUGGAAGGAGGGCGUCUUCAUCCUCAUCCUCACGUGGCUGUAUAACGACCUCCGGGGGGGCGACGAGCUCCUGCGGGACCCAAUCAUCUCCGUGGCUUACGGCCUUUUCAAUACGGCCUCGCUCAAGAUCGCCAUCAGCGGGGACGCCGAGGCGGUCAUCACAAAUGAGGGCUACGCGUGGGCCUUCAUCAUCAGCGCCGUGAUCCUGACGACGAUGCAGGUCCAGGACCUCAAGGACCAGGCGGGCGACAGCGGCCGCGGCCGAGCUACCGUCCCCCUAUUCUUCGGUGACAAGGCCUCGCGCGUGUCUCUCUCGGUUCUCGUCCCACUCUGGUCCUGCGUAUGCGUGUACGUCUGGCGUAUCCGCUCGUGGGCAGUGCUGCUGCCCAUGCUGUCCGGGGCGCUAGUGGUCGUUGGGGUCCUCCGGACAAGGACACCGAAAACGGACUCUCGAGCUUGGAAGUUAUGGUGCCUGUGGACCAUCUGUCUAUACUCUCUGCCGCUGGUCGGUAACGGUUUCGUGUCGUUGCCGUGGCGGACGUAA